AUGCAACAGAGUUAUACGCUUAGAAACAGAAUUCAUAGCUACGCUACGGAGAACUCGGUAGGAAUCCUGUCUCAUGAAAUCACGGUGGUCUUGUGUGUAUUGGUUAUUACACAUGCUGACCCGCUAGGAAAUUUCUUGCCUCAAGAGCUCGCCGUCUGUGUGAACAGACUUACACCUUUAGCAAACGCCGCUUUUCCAACGGCUUCAGAUCCCGUUCUUAACAUCAGACAACGGGAAAAUGGUGGACAGCAGGCUGGCGUAGAGAUAGGGAUCGACUACGCUGAAAACGAUGUCCCCAGACUGGAGACGCCGGAGGAUGUGCACCUUUAUUGUGUUAAGCAGUUCGUGUGGAAAGCUGACACGGUGCGCUGGAAGGACUACAACAUCACGGAGACGGACCAAAACUUUAUCAAUGGACUUCUGGAAUCUAUGAUGACUCCGACAGGGACAAACCAGUCAAGUAGCAAGCGCCAGGCCGGUGGUCCAGGUGGUUUGUUUCCGCCGACAGGUUUCCGCGUCCGACAGGAAAUUAGACGGAUAUCCGACGGAAGCAGAAAUGCAUUUUUCGGAGUAUUGCGCGCGAUGAAAAUGAAUGGAGAGUAUGACAUGUUCGCCAGACUUCAUCGUGGCAUCGUAGAGGUAUCCGCCCACCAGGGUCCCAACUUUUAUGGAUGGCAUAGAGUCUUAAUAUCCAUGUUCGAGGAAGCAAUGCGACGUAUUGACAGACGAGUUUCACUGCCUUACUGGGACUCAACGCUUGACUUCGAAAUGGACAACCCGGUACACACAAUUUUGUUCUCACCGGCGUUUUAUGGCAACGGCGACGGGUUGGUUACCACGGGACCCUUUGCAAACUGGGCAACACCUAUCGGUCCGCUGACAAGAAAUAUAGGAAGCGAGAGUUCGCUGAUGUCAAAAAGAAAUAUCCAAGCGGUCAUGUCCCGAUGUCGGAUGAUCGAAAUUUCCCGUCCUACUGCCGCAGAGGAAUUCGACCUUGAACUUUUCCAUGGUGGCAAUCACCUUUGGGUUGAUGGGCAGUUCUCUGAUCUGGCAGUAGCCGCAUAUGAUCCCUUAUUUUGGAUCCACCACGCAUUUGUAGACUAUAUAUGGGAAAUGUUCCGCUUUCACCAGUUCUUUGACUGUAGAGUUAACCCGGACUUUGACUAUCCAGACACACCUGGUCUACAUACAGCACUAAGGCAAAUGGACGGAUUACCAGGUUACGUAAAUAUUGACGGUUAUCGAGGCUACUGGACGCGAUUCUGGUAUAGAUAUGAGCGUGCACCCAUGUGCCCAUGUGGCUCUCCAUAUUUAAGAUGCCACCCCGUCCGUGGCGUGUGCGUGUCAAUUGAACGUUUUCUUGCUCCCGAUGAAGGACCAUUAGGUCCAUAUGGUGCAAUGGCGUAUCCAACAUCCUCACGAGCAGCUCGCGCAAGAGCUCAGGUUGCAAUGCUCGGCGUUGGUCGAAAAUUCGAUGCGCCUUCCCAUGAUCCAAGGACGCAGAUGUAUCAUGAAAGUAUGGGGCGAAAGGGAGCUUUUAAACGUACAAAUAUGGCGCCUGUCCCAGCUGUGGGUGAAAAUUCAAAUCAGCAAAAUAUCGUUCAACCACAUGUAAUAGGAGAUCAGAUUCUUACCGCAGUAUCCAACGGUCGAAAAUCAGACGCGUUGGAAAGGAACAAUGCCAGCCCUUUGUUUACAGGGCAAAACGCCAAUAAGGCUUUGCAAGAUAUUUAUUCAGGACAUGCAUUUCCAGUCGCAGAACCGACGUCACUGCUCCCCGUACCGGUGUGGGACACACUAGAUUCAUAUUUAGAAAACCGUAACUCUUACACUUCCAACUCAUCGGCUUAUGACUGGCUUUUUGUUCCUGUUCAAGUGACAUUCAACGCUGUUGGAGUCGACAACUCUGCCCGGACGCCGAGUAUGAAGUGUCUGCCAUCGGAUGCAAAAUCGACUCAUAUUAAAGUAUCCGUGCAAGGCAUAAAUUAUCUUGGAGAAAACACCGACUACGCGGUAGUGGACAUUAGCAAAGAUCUUGACUCCUCCCACGCAAUCGUCGCCAUACGGGCGCCAGUGGUCGGACCGUCUAUGUCCAUGCUAACUGCAAGUCACGGAUGCGGGCUUAUGUGCAAACCAAUGUGUAUCAACACAAAAGCCGGAACGUUGCAGUACCAUCCUUGCACGGGACUUUUUUGGCUCAAACCAGAAGAUGCAACUGCGUACGUCCGAUCCCACGACGAGGCUGUGGAAAGCCUUGCAAAAGGUGGGGCCAAGUUCCCAAUAAUGUUCCAAUGUCACAAGGAAAGUCAGUCUCCUUGGAAGAAGCCCUAAACCACUUCAAUGUUGUUGAAACGGUUGAUCUAAAGCACAGGUGGUUAGCGUGUGGUUAUGAUAUUAAUCAGUGAAAACAUCAUUUUGAAUGAUAAAUUAUCAUAUUAUAACGGAAAAUCAACUUUUCUGAAAAAAAAUCACUAUCAAAUAUAUAUAUAACAAGGUAUCCAACUCGAAAUCACCAAAAAACGGGUUGCGUCGCUAUGAACAGCCAUUACUUCAUCAAUUUUGCAGCGAUGUUCAUGAACCCGGUCUUAUUCAACGCGGAAAUGAAUUUCCUUUCUGGAAAUGUAUAUGUCUUGCAAUAUUUUUUACAAAUACUGGGUCAACUUUUAAGAAAUAACACGAUACACAACUCGCAUGACCUACUUAACAUCGAUCAGACAGUAUUCAUAACUGAAAUCUUCACGGAGUAAAAGGCAUUUUCCCUGCAAAGUUCACGGACCUCGAUAUCAUAAUUCAAUAAAGCGUAUGAAAAAAAAUUCUUACCGUGCUUGCCGUUGCAUUAUGCAUCAAAACUAACUGUCCAGCGCCGUUUGAAACCUUUGUUUACAUACAUUUCAACUAACUGACAUUUUAAACACACGAGUGAUUUCAUUGGUCCAAUGCGAAGGUGUGUCUUUACAACUGGAGAUUUCAUUCAUAAAGACUGUCUGCUCAUUGUCAAGUAGGUGAAGCGAAUUAUGUAUCGUGUUAUUUCUUAAAAUUUGACCCAGCAUGUGUAGACAUAUAAAAGAUAUUA